AUGACUCACUGCAUUGCUAACGCACACUGUGGGUGCGUCAAUUGCACAAAAUUUCUAGAUUCUCGAUCUUUCGCCAGCUGUGGGGAUGACAGCACCGUGGCAAUUUGGGACAUUAGAUAUUUAAAGUCCAAAAUUCGAAUCCUCCAUGGCCACGCAAAUCCUGUGAGUAAUAUUGACUACUCACCAAAGGAUGGUUUGCUAUUGACAUCUGGGUUUGAUGGAAGUAUCUUCACAUGGGAUGCACGACAUCUCACUGACGCCCGAUGUGUGUACAAACUCGUGUUCCGUGCUGAUGGCCUCGUUCGCACAAGACUCACUCCAGAUGCAUCAAAGAUGAUCAUUUGUACUAUGGGAGGAUAUCUUAUGAUUGUUCACAAUCUCAACUUUCAAACUCUAGCUGAAGAUCUCCAUAAAUUUAAUCCCAGCACGUAUCGUCUCAUGAGGCAGUCAACCAGCAAAUCGGCAAACAAUUUCACGAAAUUGUCCUCUCCAAUACAUAAAUAUAACCGAGUCGAGUUUGUUUGUGAUUUCCCCAGAGGAGCUGAUAGUGUAAUAGUGUCUUCACUGGAGAUUCAUCCUCAAGGGUGGUGUGCCCUCAGUCGUAACAUAAGCAACAACGAGUUUUCCGAAUGGACCUGCGUUCAUGACAUUCAGGAAUACCCAGACUUCCCUGGAGAUGAUUCCCCCUGUGACUCUGAGAAUCAAUCUUCGGCAGAUUCGGUAUGUCCGUGGAGUGACAGUGGCGUGCAUGACAGUGAUAGUGGCAGCGCCGAGAUCGUCCUCAACAGAGAACUCCCCGCAACCCCCACGCACCUCCCAGGCGCUUCUUCCCGCCCCGAAGCGGGGAGGGACCUCCCGGGGGCUCCGCUAGCGCCGCCCACCCCGCCCUUCUCCUGUUCUCCGAGCACUUCGAGGGGGAGCCCUGUGGGGCAGGCGGAAGGGGCGGAGGGCAGCCGCGGAACAGAAACAGUCGGGGACGCAGGCAGCGCGCCUUCCUCAGGCCUUCCCCGGGAGUUCGCUAAGGUCACUGGGAGGGAACCAUCUAGUACACAAGAAAGUGGACACAUGCGCGAAAGAGCUGAACAGGAAGGAGGCGCCAGGUUCAAUGUUGACGACCAAAUUCCCAGUUCUGCUUCUGCUGUACAAGUAGUUCCCAUUAGCGGAAGAUCACAAUUAUCUGGGCUUCGUAGUGCUUACUUUGCUCAGUUUCCGGCAUUUAAUGACCAAAUGCGUCAGAAUAUUCCAAGAUUGACUCACUAUGUUAGGGAAUUGAAUGCUGGAGAAGGGCUCUUCAAAGAAUUAUGUUUCUCUGCUGACGGGCGUUUAAUAUGUUCACCUUAUGGUUGCGGAGUUAGGCUUCUAUCCUUUUCUCCUGAAUGUUCGGAACUAUCAACUUGUUUCCCAAUUGAACCUCCUGUUCAAUUACAUGAACUGACUUCAAGUGUUUGCCACAAAGAUGUAGUAGUUUGCACACGGUUUUCUCCCCAUCACUGUCUGUUGGUAUCUGGAUGUUUAGGUGGAAACAUUGUAUGGUAUCAACCGAGUUAG